GGUAGAGUUUGACUCUCAACACGUGAGAAACAAAUAUCUCUUUUUAUUUUCCAUCGAUAGAUGAGAGCAGUAUUGUUGGCUGUUUGAGUUUCUAUCAUUUGAGGAACUGCUGAGAGUUUCAGACUGAUUUUCUGAACUGAACUGAUGAAGAAAUGAAGUUUCCGCUGACAGUUUGUGUGUUUCUGCUGACGGUGAUCAGUUCACUGUCUGUGGACAUUACAGUGAGAGGAACGGAGGGAGAAUCAGUGAUUAUUAAGUGCCCUUAUGCUAAAGGAUAUGAAAACUCUUACAAAUACCUCUACAAAGGACGUUACAUAGACGGUGUCAUUAUACUACGAUCUGAUGGAGGAAAGUAUAAGGGCAGAUUCACACUGCAGGAUGAUCAUCAGACCAGAUCAUUUACAGUGACCAUCAGUGAUCUGAAGAUGGAAGAUGCUGGAAUAUACGGCUGUAGAACUGGAUGGUGGGGAGAAUAUAAAGUAAUCCAGCUGAUUGUGAUCAGAGCUCCACAGAGGCCAAAACCUGUCCAGAUCUCAACAUCCACCCUCCAUCCAGAUCAAACUAUCAGCUCAUUUUCAAACACGCCGCCCUAUCUGAGAACAUCAGACACAAACCCACAAUCCAGCAGCAUCACGAUCACAGACCAUCAGAUCAGCUCUUCAACAGUGAUUAUCGUCACUGUGGAGGCUUUGAUUUUACUCCUGAUAGCAGUUUCACUGAUUAUAGUGGCUGUACGAAAGAAAAUGAAGAAUAAAGGUCUGCGGUCGUCUUCCAUCGAAGAGUUUAAUCCAGUGUUUUAUGAACAGAUCAAAAUCACUGAACCUCACUGUGAUCCAGAGGACAGAGACACAAUAACAACUGUAUUUUACAGCCGUUGUUCAUGAACUAUUGUCAUAAUAUAAUAUAAUAUAUAAUGUCAUAUAAUAUAAUUCCAAAUCAUCUUCAUCCUUCUCAUCAUUUUCAUCGUUUUUCUGAACACGAGUCAUAAUCAAACCUGUUUUGUCUGUUCAUUAUAGAGUUCAGAAAGAUCAGAUUCAUCUUCAUGAAUUGAUUAUUUGGUCUUUUUUUAUUGUAAUUAUCAUUAAUGUGUCAGUUUUAC